AUGGCGGACGAAGUGGCUUUGGAUUUGGAGGAACUUCGCCACCUCCAAAGCAUUGCAAAGAGAUCCAGAAUCAUUUCUUUGAUUUCCUCUGAGAUUCGAAGCUUGGAAAAGCAAGCAAUAGAGGCUGUGCCCUCACUGACCUCACAAACUCCGACACCAAUUUCAACUACUGCCAAGGUGGUCUCUAAUGCAGCAUUGAAUUAUGUAACACUCGGAUCUUUCAGCUGGGAUCAAGACAAUGACAAAGUCAAGAUUUAUGUCUCUUUAGAGGGUGUCAAUCAGGAGAAAAUUGAGGCUGAGUUCAAGCCAAUGUCUUUUGAUGUCAAAUUUCAUGAUAUCCAAGGAAAGAACUAUCGCUGUGCAACACCGAAGCUGAACAAGGAAAUUGUACCUGAGAAAUGUAAGGUGAUAGUUAAGCCUUCAAAGGUCAUCAUCACGUUAUUUAAAGCAUCCAAGGGGAACUGGUUGGAUUUGCACUUUAAAGAGGAUAAGUUGAAGCCAAAUAUGGACAAGGAGCGAGAUCCCAUGGCAGGAAUUAUGGAUUUGAUGAAGAAUAUGUAUGACGAAGGAGAUGAUGAAAUGAAGAAAACAAUCGCCAAAGCAUGGACUGAUGCUCGAUCUGGCAAAGGAGCUGACCCUUUGAAAGGCUAUCGUUGA